UGCUUGUCCCCUUCAAACGCAAAUAAACCCCCUCUCCUUUCUCUUCUACUUCCACUUCUCUCUCUCCUCCAACACUUCACUCCUCACAACUCUCUUUUUCUCUCUAUUUUUCCCUCUCACACCAAAAACACACACUCUUUUCACACAUUCUUCUUUAAGCUCCAAAUUUGCAUAAUUUCUAACCAAUGGAAACACCUGAAUUCUUCCAAGCAAGUUACUACAACUCCCAAUUCAUGCCUGAAAAGCGCUUUUCCGACGCCAAAAAUGGUGACCAUUUCGUUGUUGAGGACCUCUUGGACUUGCCUAACGACGAUGGAAUGGUCACUGAUGGCACGUUGGACGCUACGGUCACCGGAAAUUCCGCUGAUUCUUCUGUUGUCGAUAAUUCAUGCAAUUCUUCAUUGUCCGGAAGCAAUCAUGACCCACAAUUACCUGUUGAUAAUAUUAUUGGCUGCCGGAAUUUCCCCGACGGACAGUUCUCCAGUGAAUUCUCCGUCCCGUAUGACGAUUUGGCUGAGUUGGAAUGGCUUUCGAAUUUUGUGGAAGAAUCAUUUUCAAGUAACGAGAUGCAGAAAAUACAGUUCAUUCAAGGAAUGAAAUCCCGAAAUGAUAACGAGACUCACCAGUUCAUUCCUGAUCCCAAUAAUAACCGAGCAUCAGCAGCAACUAACCCAAUUUUCAAUCCCGACAUGUCCGUUCCAGCCAAGGCACGUAGCAAGCGAUCGCGCAUGGCUCCGGGCAAUUGGGCGUCUCGCUUGCUAGUCGUGUCACCUAAUUCUCCCAACAAUACACCAAACUCGCCAAUGAAUACAACAACAAUGCAAGACAUGUCAUCUUCAUCAGAGUCAGGGAUCAUAUCGUGCUCUGGAAAGAAGACAGUGAAGUCGUCUAUUCCGAAAAUUAAGAAAGAGAAUACUCAACAUGUUCCAAAUAAUAAUAUGGCUAGCAAUAGUGAAGGAAGGAAGUGUCUUCAUUGUGCUACUGAUAAGACACCACAAUGGAGAACUGGACCAAUGGGUCCAAAAACACUUUGCAAUGCGUGUGGUGUAAGGUACAAGUCUGGACGUCUUGUCCCUGAAUAUCGACCUGCUGCUAGUCCAACUUUUGUGCUUACUAAGCACUCAAAUUCUCAUCGAAAAGUUCUUGAGAUUCGGAGGCAAAAGGAAAUUGUUCGGACUCAACAACACCAUCAACAACAACAAUUCCUUCCUCAGAACAUGAUGUUUGAUGUAUCCAGUGCUGAUGAUUACUUGAUUCAUCAACAUAUUGGGCCAGAUUUUCGGCAGCUAAUUUAGUGAUUAAUGGCGGUUUAGAAGUUUGCUUUCAGAUAUUGAGUCUUUAUAUUCUUAGAGAAUUUCCUUAUAUUUUUGUUAGAUUAAUUUACUAGGACUUGAUUCCUAACUUAUCGAAUUUUGUAGCUUUGUCAUAGAAAUGAAAAAAAGUUAAGUGAAAGAUAAGAGACUAAAAGAGAAAAGAAUGGGCAGUACAAGUAGAAAGGGUAGGGUCUAAUGUCCUAAGUUUAUGUUCCUUUUGCCAAGAAUUUGGCAAUUUUCGAACCAAUUUUUCUUUGUAAUUCAAAGUGUUAAUUUAUCUCUUUCUUUCUUUU